AUGGAAGGUUCAUCAUCGUUAUGGGGAUACGGCUCAGCAUCAGGGUCGAAGACGAAGGAAAUGAUAGAACAAGCGAAGGAGGAGUUGCAAAUUUUGGAAGCUCAACAACCAGAUAAUUUUAACUGCUUAAAGGAUGAACUUAAAUCCUUCAUCUCGCGCUUGGAGUCACAAAACUUGCCUCUUCCUUCUGGUCAUGACAACUACAAGAACUCAACUGGUUACUCAAAUAUUUCAUCUGUCUCAACUCGGGAGUCAUCAGCUUGCAAGAAGAGGAAGAAAGAAGAUUGUCUGGAUCGACAAGUUAUGGAGGAUGAGAAUAUUGAAGGACCAAAACGGAAAUUUCAAAGGGUUGCUGGGGAUGGCUGCAGCGAAAGAAGGAACAGGAUUGAUCUGGCCAUUGAGAGGGCUCGAGAAUGUCUUGAAAAGAUUCAACGGUUCAAAACCAGCUUUUGUUGA